CCAGCAGCAGAAGUGGAUCCCUCUUUCUGGAGCACUGCUUUUGUUGCUGGUGUGUAAUAACAGUAUCGGGAGAUUUCAUACCCAGAGAGGGACCAAAGCAGAAGCUAGAAGUUGGAGGAAAAUGUUUCUGACUGUGCCAGAGCCAUACAGAAGGCAGCACGUGCACUAGGCUAGCCCAUUUGAUGUUGGGCUUCCAGAAGUCAUCUCUGGGAUCUCUUGCUUGUAUGACUUACUGCACACAGGCUGUUAAGGGUCUUUCAAACAGGUAGAGAGAUGCCUGGGCAUUGGAAGCUCUCUGCAGCAUGCUGAGGAGACGUAACCUACUGACCACGCUCCUGAUUGCCUUGCCAUGGGCUCUUCUCCUAACCUUGUGGCACCAGUACCCAACCACCCACUACCUCAGCCUGCUGAGAAAAGAGACAGAUGAGAACGUGACUUCUAAAGUUCUCCUCAACGGUACAUCUGCACUGAGAGAAGAAGGCUUCCCAUCAUGCACUCGGCAGCAGCAAAGCAUAGGGGCAACGCCUAAAGUCAUCCAGAAUUACGUGUACUCCAGGCCUCCCCCAUGGUCAGACACCCUGCCGACCAUCUUCGUUAUCACCCCUACCUACACCCGGCCAGUGCAAAAAGCUGAGCUGACCCGUCUGGCCAACACCUUCCUACACGUCCAGAACCUGCACUGGGUGGUGGUGGAGGACUCACCCCGGAGGACCAACCUGGUAUCCAACCUGCUGGAGAAGGCAGGGCUCAACUUCACCCACCUCAAUGUGGAGACGCCCAAAAGUCUGAAGCUGGGGCUGUCCUGGAUCCCAUCCCACACCCCGAGGGGAACACUACAGAGGAACCUGGGGCUGCACUGGCUGAGGGACAGCUUCAGCAACACCCCACCACCCGAAGGGGUAGUGUAUUUUGCCGAUGAUGAUAACACCUACAGCCUGGAGCUCUUCGAAGAGAUGCGCUACACAAGGAGGGUGUCAGUCUGGCCGGUGGCUUUCGUUGGGGGGCUGCGAUAUGAAUCCCCAAAAGUGAGCCCAGCAGGGAAGGUGGUGGGCUGGAAAACUGUCUUUGACCCUAACCGUCCCUUUGCUAUUGACAUGGCUGGAUUUGCUAUAAGCAUCAAGCUGAUUUUGGAGAAGCCUCAGGCCAGUUUCAAGCUGGAGGGAGUUAAAGGAGGCUACCAGGAAACCAGUCUGCUGAAGGAUCUAGUGACUAUGGAUGGGCUGGAGCCCAAAGCAGCCAACUGCACAAAGGUGUUGGUCUGGCACACAAGAACUGAGAGGCCCACUCUGGUUAACGAAGGCAAGCGUGGAUUUACAGACCCCAGAGUAGAGGUGUAAGCAGAGAGCCAGCUCCAGGGUCGGCAGCGGGCAGCGAUCGUUCCCGAAGUUCGUCAGCAACCACAGCAGCUGCGUGCCCUGCCUGUUCUGCCCAGCGCUCUGCUCCAUCGCCGGAGGAUGAUAAACACCCCCAAACGUCGCCACGCCGAUCAGCUCCCACUGCCCAAAAGGUGGUAACAAGCAGGGACAGAGCUGAUGUGGUGCCCUGCGAUCCUACUGCUCUUCACCUUUGACUUCGUGCACUGGCUCCGUUCCCCACCUGGGAGAGGAGUGCUUCCCUUCCCCUGCGGGCUCUGUGUUUUUAACCAUUCGUUAAAAUUUAUUAGACGCGCUCUCCAUUCUCGGCUGUGCCAGCACAGUGGCUGAAAUCCAGGAUGGGAGCCUCUGAAGGUCUCUCCUGGCGUAUCGUAAAACCUGAGCUUCGGUACAGCAGCUGCGAGCUGCGGUGGUCCAAGGACAGGAGUUGUCGCAAAAGCACAAACGCGGACCUGUCGGCCUGAGGCUGGCAUGCUCUCAAAACAGCUUUAAAACAAAGCUAGCCUGAGAGAGGCUCUCCCUCUGAAGGAUGCACUCGGAUACCUACACGGAUCAGCCUUCAGUGCUGGAGAGGGAGCUGUGCUGAAGCGCCUCAUUUGGGUUUUGGAAGUUCAGAUGGGAUCUGGUGCCUACGCCUCGGCUGAGAACUCGAACUGCCCUCACAUAACGUUGUUUUGGAAAAUGCCGGCCCAGAGCCCUCUGGAUAAAGUUCCUCUCCUGCUCAGGGAGACCUGGCAGGUACUGUACCUCAAAGACCAUGCCUCCAUGUCUCGCUGCAGAGACCCGAAAGCAGGGGAAAAGGUGGGUGGACUUGAAAGCGUUGCUCCUAGCCUGGAACCCUGCUGCAGCACCAUCAGGUGCUUCAGUAGCGUCAAAUCACAUAUACGGAUUUGCUUCCUAGACCUCCAGAGAGGAAGACACUUCUCUGAGGUGGAGGUGGGUGAGAAGUGCUCAGAGAAGAGGAACCCUCAGCCUGCACCCAUCUCCUGUGAGAACGUCGAGGAAUGUGGAGAGGCAUCGUCGGGAAACAUAUCUUGAGCACAUAGAUGACAACUGAAAUAGCAAACGUGAUGAGGUUUUCCAGCUGAACUUUGGAAGGCACGUGUGGCACUGUGAAGAGAGAGGAGACAGUGUCAUGCGGAUGGGUUUCCCUUUCCCUCAAUAAAACAGGAAGACAGCCAGGUGGAAGGCAGCCCACAAAGGAGGAGGUGGCAAAUGAGGACCGAAGGAAGGAUGCACUGGAUUAAAAGCACAAGUGUUGGUACCAUGUGUGUGCGUGGGGAGUGGUGUCACUGUGACUUUUCCAGGAAGAUUCCUUGAAUGACCCAGAAACCCCUCUGAGCCUACCUUGAAAACCAUCUUCACUCAGGCCAUGAGAAACAAGGCUUUAGGCAUUCAAAACACAUCGAGGAUUUCACAGCUGGGGGAAAGUUAUGAGCAAUUGAAUCAUCCCCCGCCCAAGAAAUUCUGGGCUGGCAGGAAACUUAUUUAUUUGUUGAUUUAUUUAUACUAGAGUUCUUCUCUGCCUAUUUCUUGUUUAGUUUUGUUUUUUAGCUUAGAUCACCUGACAUGUUCAUGAAGAAAGAAUAUUUCCCCCCUCGCCCCAGAACAGUAGAGCAUGGCGUUGAUCGAUGAAUGUCCUAUGUUCUGCGCUCCCUGGGGUUUCUUUAAAGUGGUGUCUUAAACUGGCAAAAUAAUCAGAAACACAGCAAGGAGGGUACAGCGAAGGGAAUUACAGUUCCUUUAUGCGAGAGACGUGGGUGGCACUAAGUUUCUGGCUCCCGAGCAAUGAUAGCGAGGUAAAAACAUGUGCAAUGGAGUGCCUCACUCAGCAGAUAGUCCUCAUGGGAUCUCAGGAAACCUCCGUGAAGGGGGGUCUUUGAAGGGUAUCUGAGAGAGGGAGUCGGUCCGUGUUCCCUCAAAUGGGAAACGAGCGGCCGCGCAUCCUGCUAUAGGAGGGGGGCUAAAGUACAGGAGGGGGCAAAGGGGAUGAGAUGCCUCCUAUCAGGGAGGGACGCAGGGGAAAUCAAAGAAUAGGCAGCAAAUAGAGAAAUGGAGACUGCGUUUAGUGAGGCUUAGACCAGGGUCUUUCUGGAUGAACACACCCAGCACUACAAGGCCACCCUGCCAGCCGUCCCAGCGUGAAGAAAUACUGAAUGGGCCAUGAAAACGGUGUCUUCUCUGGGCCCUAGAGAGGUCCUUACACAGCAAGGAUCUGGCAUACUGGCACUGGAUAGCAUGAAGGAAGCCCGGCGUCCGCAAAACACUUUUCAUUCUCCAUUUGUCAGAGCUUUCUGUCCUGUUCUCUGCAGGAGGUAACAGGCCUUGCACUCCAGUGGGCUUUGCCAACCCAUCCUGCCACCAGGCAGGUGGGCUCAAUGCUUCCACCCAGUAUUAAACCAAGCUUAAUUCCCCUUCAUUGUGGUUUCAAUGAAUGAGCAAGAGUGAGGGAAUAAAGGAGCUGAUUUAUCAUCCUCCAUUUUCUCCUCUGAGAUGGGCAGGGUUUCUGCCCGUAUGAACAGGAGGGGAUAUGGUGAUAGAUCCCCCGGCCUUUAAUCUCGCACAGGUCCUACAUAGGGUUUUGGGACUGAUGGUGGGCAUUUGUAGCAAGCAUCUAUUCCCAUUGAAAAGGAUAGCCUCCCCCCCCCCAUGUUUUUAGAGAGUUCUUCUCUCUGCAUCCCUAUAAGAAAGCAAAAUUAUUAUUCCUGUUUUUCCCACUGGGGACCUGGAUUCCAGUGAUAUGUACUACGCUGUUCAUUCAGUGCCGGUCGGAGCCUGCUCUCAAGACCAGCCCUAUCACACCAUCUCCAUUCUUGCCCCAGCCUGACCCUGUGGAGAAGAGUUUCUGUGAAUCAAGAAAUUCUGUCAGUCACUAAGUUGUGCAGGACCAAGACCUUGUAUGGACAGUGUGGGUGUAGGCAGCUGAUAUUCCAGGCUAGCAGAUGUUUGGACCUGUUCAGCACAAACACUCUUCUCCCUGUAGAGCAGCCUAAGGACAGCAAGGACUACUGCUGGCCAAGGUGUAUCACCUAAGGGUGGGUGAGUAACAGACACCACAAGUUACAAUGGCUGUUUGUUAGCAGAGCUAGGUGGGAGAGCCCAGGAGGGGAGCAGCGGUCAGAGUUACAGGCUUCAGGUAAAGUGAACGCAGUGAAUGCAAUAAGGAGGGAAGCUGCAGAUCAAGCCUGAAGUAUUCGAAGAAGAGAAGGCAUCCCAGCGCCUGGUUUUUACUAGCAUAUUAGUAUCUGAUAUUCAUGUUCUCUGAGAUUCAUCCAAUUCACCAACCAAUGAAUAUUACUAACAUUUCCUGUUGCAGAAAAUACUAUUGACGAAGGAAAGAGAAUGUCAAGAAAGUACUUUUUAAUGGUUAUUUAUUUAUAUUGAAUGGUACUAGAGUGUAAUUAAAUAUGAUGUGAAUAGUA